CGUGCCAUAGUAAACAUACAGAUAUUAGCAUUGAAUAGAAAACCACACGUUAGUAGUGUUACCACAGCAGGUGGUAAAAAAGUGGGAUUUGGAGGCUGCACGACAGAAUAUCGGUUCCACUUUAAUAGUAGACAUGUCAGCUACGAGGCGUGCUUUGCAUUGGGUUUUCAAGGUUGGAGAUCGAACGAAAACUGCAAAAUUUUACAGAGAAGUUUUAGGAAUGAAGUUUUUGCGACAUGAAGAAUUUGAAGAGGGAUGCAAAGCAAGUUGUAAUGGCCCAUAUGAUGGAAAGUGGAGUAAGUCCAUGGUUGGGUUUGGACCUGAAGAUGAUCACUUUGUUGUGGAGCUGACUUAUAAUUAUGGGUUAGGAUCCUACCAACUGGGAAAUGAUAUGCAGGGUAUUACGGUGCACUCUAAACAGGCAGUAGAGAAUGCUGCUUCACACAACUGGCCUUCUACUCAGAUAGAUGGAGCCACUGUUGUAAAAGCCCCAGAUGGAUACCCAUUCAUUUUGGUAGAUAAACAAGAAAGCGGUGAUCCAGUCAAAAAAGUUACAUUAUCAAGUUCCAACCUACAGAGGACAAUAGAUUAUUGGACUAAACUAUGUGGGAUGAAAAUUUUCUCUCAAAGUGACAAAAGUGUGACACUUGGGUAUUCAGAUAAUCAGUGCAAGCUUGAGUUUGUGGACAUAGGUCAGCCCAUUGACCAUGCUAAAGCUGGUGGCAGGAUUGCUUUUUCAUGUCCAAGAGCAGAGCUUCCAGAUAUAGAAAGCCAGAUGAAGGCAGCUGGACAGACCAUCCUCACACCCCUGGUCAGUCUGGACACUCCUGGCAAGGCUACUGUAGAAGUGGUCAUCCUGGCUGAUCCUGAUGGCUAUGAAAUAUGUUUUGUUGGAGAUGAGGCAUUCCGGGAGCUGUCCCAAAUGGACUCUACAGCUGAGAAGUUGAUAGAUGAGGCUAUUGCAGCUGAUAAAAGUGAUGAGUGGUUUGCCAAGAAGGGACUUGUGAAGUCUUCUGAAUGAUUGAUAUAAGAAACAAGUCAAUGUAUUUGUUAUUCUGAUUUUUGAUGCCAUAUUUCUGUAUAAUUGAAUUUAUUGUUUUGUUAUUUGCUCACACCAAGUUGGACAAUAUAUUGUUGAUCUUUUUAUACCAUUGUUAAUUUUAAAAGCUUGAGUCAUGGGUUGAAUCCCCCUGAGCAAGUGUUGAUACACACUGACACUCGUACUGUGUGAACCGUAGAUUUUACAGAAAAUGUGUUCAAAUGUGGAAAAAAUGGUAAAUAGUUGAUUUUAUGUGUGCUGUUUAAAUAUAUGUUUUUUCCCUCUA